AUGUCGACAACAGCAACCAUGGGUGAGAUGGCAAACAGUUCGGUGGAGUUUUAUCCAAAGCGAGGUGCGGGUGGAGGGACAGAUGCCAACCACUCUGGAGACUUUGGGGCCACACUUGAGGAACUGAGGGCCCUGAUGGAGCUCAGAGGAGCAGAGGCUCUGCAGAAGAUCCAGGAGAGCUAUGGAGGAACAGAGGGACUCUGCCAGAGACUCAAAUCCUCCACAGUUGAUGGUUUGUCAGGUAACCCAGCCGACCUGGAGAAGCGCGGGCAGACAUUUGGACAGAACUUUAUCCCCCCCAAAAAACCUAAAACCUUUCUGCAGCUGGUAUGGGAAGCCCUGCAGGACGUGACCCUUAUAAUUCUGGAGAUCGCAGCCAUCAUUUCUCUUGGCCUGUCAUUCUACCAGCCGCCCGGAGAGGAGAAUGACGUCUGUGGUCACGUAUCGAGUGGAGCGGAGGACGAAGGGGAGGCGGAGGCAGGCUGGAUAGAAGGCGCGGCCAUCCUCCUGUCCGUCAUCUGCGUGGUUCUGGUCACGGCCUUCAAUGACUGGAGCAAAGAGAAGCAGUUCCGUGGACUUCAGAGUCGCAUAGAGCAGGAGCAGCGAUUCGCCGUCGUGCGUAACGGAAACGUCAUCCAGAUCCCCGUGGCCGAGAUGGUGGUCGGAGACAUAGCGCAGGUCAAAUACGGUGAUCUCCUGCCUGCUGAUGGUGUUCUAAUUCAAGGGAAUGAUCUGAAGAUUGACGAGAGCUCUCUGACUGGAGAGUCCGACCAUGUCCGCAAAUCUGCCGACAAGGAUCCCAUGCUCCUCUCUGGCACCCAUGUGAUGGAGGGGUCAGGGAGAAUGCUGGUCACUGCUGUGGGAGUCAACUCUCAGACUGGAAUCAUCUUCACUCUGUUAGGUGCUGGAGAGGGUGAAGAGGAGAAGAAAGAGAAGAAAGAGGACAGUAGUUAUUCAAUGCCAUCUGCAGGUGAAGUCAAACAGAGCCACAUCAUUAAUGGCAAGCAGCCAGAAGCAGCAGUGGAGACCAAUCAGAAUAAAGCCAAGAAGCAGGAUGGAGCUGUUGCCAUGGAGAUGCAGCCACUGAAAAGCGCAGAGGGUGGGGAGGUUGAAGAAAGGGAGAAAAAGAAAGCUAACAUUCCCAAAAAGGAGAAGUCUGUACUCCAGGGCAAACUCACCAAACUGGCAGUGCAGAUUGGCAAAGCUGGUCUGGUGAUGUCUGCCAUCACGGUCAUCAUCCUGGUGCUGUACUUUGUGAUUGAGACGUUUGUGAUUGAGGGCCGGGCGUGGCUUACUGAGUGCACGCCCGUCUAUGUGCAGUACUUUGUCAAGUUCUUCAUCAUCGGCGUGACUGUGUUGGUGGUCGCUGUACCUGAGGGUCUUCCCCUGGCCGUCACCAUCUCUCUGGCCUACUCUGUCAAGAAAAUGAUGAAGGACAACAACCUGGUGCGUCAUCUGGAUGCAUGCGAGACAAUGGGAAAUGCUACUGCGAUCUGUUCUGAUAAGACUGGCACACUGACCACCAACCGUAUGACAGUGGUCCAGGCCUACGUGGGUGACCAGCACUUCCGUGAAAUCCCAGAUCCCAGCCAAAUUAGCCCCAACACCCUGGAGAUGAUCGUCAGUGCCAUAUCCAUCAAUAGUGCCUACACCUCCAAGAUAAUGCCUCCUGAUGUGGAGGGCGGUCUGGCUAAGCAGGUAGGCAAUAAAACGGAGUGUGCCCUCCUUGGCUUUGUGUUGGACCUGAAGAGGGAUUAUGCUCCGGUGAGGGAGCAAAUCCCUGAGGAGAAGCUCUAUAAAGUCUAUACCUUCAACUCUGUCCGGAAGUCCAUGAGCACUGUGGUCCAGAUGCCUGAUGGGAGCUUCCGCCUUUACAGCAAGGGUGCCUCUGAAAUCCUGUUAAAGAAGUGUUCCUUCAUUCUGGGUGCGGGAGGUGAGCCACGAAGCUUCCGCCCACGUGAUCGUGAUGAGAUGGUGAAGAAGGUGAUUGAGCCAAUGGCGUGCGAGGGCCUCAGGACAAUCUGUAUCGCUUACCGUGAUCUCCCUGGUGACCCCGAGCCAGACUGGGACAACGAGGCUGAGAUAGUGACUGAACUCACCUGCAUUGCUGUGGUGGGAAUCGAGGACCCUGUACGACCUGAGGUUCCUGAGGCAAUCAGGAAGUGCCAGCGUGCAGGCAUAACUGUGCGCAUGGUUACCGGCGACAACAUCAACACAGCACGUGCCAUCGCUACAAAGUGCGGCAUCAUUCAACCCGGAGAUGACUUUCUGUGUCUAGAGGGCAAAGACUUCAACCGACGAAUCAGGAAUGAGAAAGGAGAGAUUGAACAGGAGAGAAUUGAUAAAAUCUGGCCUAAACUGAGAGUCCUGGCACGUUCCUCUCCCACUGAUAAACACACACUCGUCAAAGGAAUAAUUGACAGUACAGUUGUGGAGCAGAGACAGGUGGUGGCAGUGACGGGGGAUGGGACCAAUGACGGGCCGGCGCUGAAGAAGGCAGACGUGGGGUUUGCCAUGGGCAUAGCUGGCACAGAUGUGGCUAAAGAGGCAUCUGAUAUCAUUUUGACUGAUGAUAAUUUCACCAGUAUUGUGAAGGCAGUCAUGUGGGGCCGCAAUGUUUACGACAGCAUCUCGAAAUUUCUGCAGUUUCAACUCACUGUUAACGUGGUAGCUGUCAUAGUGGCCUUCACUGGAGCCUGCAUCACACAGGACUCUCCUCUGAAGGCAGUGCAGAUGCUGUGGGUGAACCUGAUCAUGGACACAUUUGCAUCUCUGGCUCUGGCCACCGAGCCCCCAACUGAAGCCCUGCUGCUGAGGAAACCUUAUGGCCGAAACAACCCCCUCAUCUCCCUCACCAUGAUGAAGAACAUACUUGGCCAUGGAGUCUAUCAGCUCGUCAUCAUCUUCACCCUACUCUUUGUUGGAGAGAAGAUCUUUAACAUCGACAGUGGGCGAGAUGCGCCUCUGCACUCCCCUCCCUCCGAACACUACACCAUCAUCUUCAAUACGUUUGUGCUCAUGCAACUCUUUAACGAGAUCAAUGCUCGCAAGAUCCACGGCGAGAGGAACGUGUUUGACGGGAUCUUUGGCAACCCCAUAUUCUGCAGCAUCGUCCUGGGCACCUUUGGAGUGCAGAUCGUGAUUGUGCAAUUUGGGGGGAAGCCAUUCAGCUGCGCCCCUCUGAAUGUGGAACAGUGGCUGUGGUGCCUGUUUGUGGGUGUGGGGGAGCUGCUCUGGGGCCAGGUGAUUGCCACAGUGCCCACUAGCCACCUGAAGUGUCUGAAGGAGGCCGGGCACGGGCCUGGCACAGACGAGAUGACCGAGGAUGAGCUGGCUGAAGACGAGGAAGAAAUUGACCAUGCUGAGAGAGAACUGAGGAGGGGUCAAAUCCUCUGGUUCAGGGGCCUCAACCGUAUUCAGACUCAGAUGCGGGUGGUGAAAGCGUUCCGUAGCUCCCUUUACGAAGGCAUUGAGAAACCGGAAUCCAGGAACUCCAUCCACAACUUCAUGGCUCAUCCCGAGUUUCUCAUCAACGACUACAUCCACAACAUCCCUCUGAUCGACGACACAGACCUCGAUGACGAAUCCGAGCUCUCCAAGCACAAUCACCACGUGCACCCGGCCUUUCGCAAGCCCCCUCCGCCACCUGAGCCCCCACAGCGGUCCCGCCACCCGCCACGCCCCUACCGUCAGUAUAGCCUUCCUGUUACCCCCAAUCGCAACAACAACGCCAUCGAGACCAGUAGCCAUCCACAUCCCACAGGCCCCAGUAGUCAUUGGACCUCCAACACCCGUCAAGUCUGCCCCCUCCUCAGUUUGGAGACCUCACUAUGA